AUGGGCCGUUUCAUCACGCUGCAGCUGAUUAUUAGCAGGAGAAACGAAGAAAACUCUAGAAGCAAGAGUGUGAGGGCACCAACACAAAUGGAGACCCAGAAAAAUCAAACCGAGAUCCCACCGAAACCGGUUAUGACUUCAUGUAGGAAGAAAGUAAAGGAUGAUGCCACAUUCUUUGAGGACGUGAGAGAUCACAUCGAUGAGUUCAUACAUGCCUCUAUGGAUGAACACAAGACUUGUUUCCAAAAGACCAUCACCAAGAUGUUUGGAUUAUCCAAGGCCGUGGCAGAGAAGCAAGCCGAGGAAGCCAAGGGAGUCGAGAGUCAUUUGCCUCUCCAAACAACAGUGUCGGAUUAA